AUGCGUUCAAAGAAGCCCGUGUGGCUGCUGUUCAAGGUGCUCGAACUGGUGCUGAGCUUUUGCUGCUGCUACAUUCACUGGCGUUGCUUCCAGGACGAAGGCAUACCGCACAUAUUCCUGCUGUGCGCCUCCUACGGCGGCUCCUCCAUCAUCUGCCUGCUGGCCAUCAUCGGGAUGUUCUAUGCCGAGAAGCCGACAAUGCAGCUGGAGUCCGCCUUCAGCGGGCUCUUUGGAACCCUGCAUCUAGUCACCAUCUUUGUUCACAUGUAUCUGGCGCUGCACGGCAACAAGCUGCUGUACCUGAAGAGUCAGGGGGCGAACUGGCAUGGCUACUAUAUCUGCUGCCGGGACAAUGCAACGGUGGCGCUGUACGCAACUGCCGUUUACUACCUACAUUGCACCUUUGCUCUGGACCUGAUGCUGACACACAGGAGGACCAAGUUUGUGGAGUGCCCGGACGGGACUGUGCGGAAACAGCCGAAGCAUCCGCGGCGCAGCAUGCGUCCGCUCAAGCUCUAUUUCAUCAGUAAAGGCGUUGACAACUAUCUGAAUCGCUUCCGUUGGUUUCACCUGCUCACGGCCAACAUGCUGAUGAGCACUCAGCCAUCCCAGAAGACGCUGGAUGUGUCCUCCAAUUCAAACGAGGCAUUUGAAUUGACACCGCAACUGAAUAUUAACUGA